AUGAGCGGAGAGGACCUGGAUAUCGGAAUACUGUCAGAGGUAUGGACCAGCGACGAAAACGUGAGUAUCAAUAAAUACAAAAUUUCGGGAUACCACACAAUCACCGAUUCUCGUAAUGAUGGAUACGGUGGUGCAGCGGUUCUAGUUUCAACUAAUUACAACUAUAAAAGCCACAAGCUACCAGCUACCUCGGAUAUGACACAGGCUGUGUGUGUAGAGGUACUGUCCAAAAACGUAACGGUGCUGUCUGUAUAUAUCAGCCCGUCAAUCCAUUUGGAUGAUUUCGAGAAAGAUUGCAAGGCACUCAUAGAUUUCUCGGGAAAACUCUCGAAAAUUAUAAUCGGAGGCGAUUUUAAUGCACACCAUCAAGCAUGGGGAGAUGAACGUUGUGACUGUAGAGGAAAGGUUUUAGCGGACAAUGUAGAUGCAGCACCUUUGAUCAUUUGCAACGAUGGAUCACCUACGUUUGUACCUGUACAGAUGGACAGGAGAUCUAGUGCAAUUUACAUCACUCUUUGUACCCCGAGCUUGUACCAGAGCAUGGAGUGGAAGGUAUCGGAUUGGAGCAUUGGUAGCCACCACAUGGCGAUAAAAGUAUCAUUCGGAUAUAGUCAACACAAUAGAACAAAUGUGCAUGUUAAUCGACGAGAAGUGCUUAGGAGCAUCGCAACCCUGGAUGUGUCUGCGGUAAAGCAUGUGGAGGACCUGAUGGACAGGAAUAAAGAGAUCAUCAAACGAAAUAAAUUCAAAACUAAGCGAGUUCCAAAGUACUGGUGGUCAGAGGAUGUUGACCAAGCGUGGAGAGAUAAAUCAGAGGCACGGAGAGCAUUCAAUCGCCAAUCGAGCCUAGAGAACCUUUUGAUGUACAAAAAGAAAGCUGCAACAUUCCAACGACUCAAACGCGAAGAAAUUAGGAAGAAGUUCGAAGGUCUACCGGACGAAAUUGGGCCUUUUUAUACCUCCAAGGAGCUGUGGCAGAAGGUAGGAAUGGUGACAGGCCACAAACGACGCCGGAGAGAAAACAACGUGCUGUUCGACGAUAGAAAAGCGGCUGAGUCUUUUUUGGAUACGCAUUUUGAGAAGUGCAACACAACAAUAGAGGGAAGCUACGAAAAGGUUGUUGAGAGUCUAAGUCCGGAAGUUACCGACGUAAUCAUCGGAGAUUUGAACAAUAUGUGGUUCCGCGGAACAAUAAGCGACGCGUUGAAAGUGAUAAAGAUCGUACCGGUUCCGAAACCUGGUCGUGACCAAACACUACCCGAGGGAAAGCGUCCAAUAUCUCUGGUUUCGACAAUCACCAAAGUGGCAAACACAGCAGUCCUGCAUUUGCUACAACAUUUUCUAGAGGAAAACAAGAUAAUUCCGGACACAUCUUUUGGAUUCCGGCGUCACAUGUCCACCAUAACAUGUGUGUCGUAUUUGAUUAAUGAGAUCAAGGCAGCGAAAAGAGGUGGACAGGUAGUUGCACUCAUUGCAAUUGACUUGUCCAAUGCGGUCAAGACGGAUAAACUGGGAGAAAUAUUAUCGGAGCUGAGAGUACCAAAUGAGGUACAAAUCUGGAUCGAAUCAUUUUUGAAGAAUCGAAGGUUGCAAAUGGCUGUACGGAGCGGAGUAAUCGAAAGAAUAGUCAGCAAUGGAUUACCACAAGGGGACGUCAUGUCCCCUACUCUGUUCAACGUGUACACGCUGGGAUUUCACGCCAUAGUGGUCGAGGACGUGAUCCUGGUGCAGUACGCCGAUGACUUCGAAGUUCUAGUGAAGGCGAAGAGUCUCGAUGAGAUCAACAAGAAGGCGCAAUUGUUCUUGGACAACUUCCGAGAUAAAGCCGAAGAGCUGAAUCUCAAGAUAAAUGCUGAAAAAACGAAAGCUGUAUUGUUCCAAGCAAACAACAAACAGCUAUCAAUUAAAAUCAACGGGCAAGCGAUUGAAACGGUUUGGAGCAUAAAACACCUGGGAGUACAUCUUGAUCGAACGUUGAGCUUCGGAGUUCACAUUCGAGAGUUGGGACAGAAACUUCGAGACAGGCAGAACGUGUUAAAAGUACUAUCUGGAAUUAAACAUGGCAGCCACCCACAAGUGAUGAUACGUUUGUAUGAAGCACUGAUUCGAAGUGUAACGGAAUACGGAUGUACGGCAUUCAACAACGCUAGUAAGUCGAAUUUGAAGAAGUUGGAGACAGUCAACAACCAGUGUUUACGGAAAGCAAAUGGACUAACGAAAACAACACCACUAAACGUGCUACACGCUAUAAGUGGGCAGGACCAAAUUAAGGUAAGACUGGAGUAUGUUUCUGGAAGAGAAAUAUGCAGAGCAAUGCACAGAAACAACAUAGUUGCCAAGCAGCUAAAAGCACUAAACAGAUUGGACCGAGCGAGCAUAAGCGAUGAGGCGUUUACAUUCAUGGAAUACAUGUAUCUGGAGCAUCAGGAUGUCUUCGACUCGAUCUCACCGGUGAAUAGGAUCACGCUGAAUCGAGAGAUUCAAAUUCAGUCGACCUUGGAAGGGAUAACAUCGGCUAAAAAGGAAAUCAGCGACAGAGUAUUCAAACAGGCGGCACUCUGUGCUAUGAAUGGAAAAUAUAGCACACGAGGAAGGAUCUUUACGGACGCGUCUAAGGAGGGAAACAGAUGCGCCGUAGGAAUAUACGUCGAAAAUACAAGACAGCGGUUUAGUAUAAAGCUAGCGUAUGAAACGAGCAUAAUGUCGGCCGAAAUUCUGGCUAUAUCGGAAGCAGCCCAGAUUGUAGAAAGGCAACAACUACUAAACUAUGUCAUAUAUACGGACUCCAAAUCAUCAUUGAUUAUGCUGAACAACGUCAUCGAACAACGUGAAGGAGAUAGUGUUCUCGUCCGUAUACUGGAGACGGCGCAGAAAUGGAAUAUCGACUUUCAGUGGAUACCGUCGCAUGUUAACAUCUCCGGAAACGAAAUAGCGGAUAGUCUGGCUAAAAACGGUCUAACAAGACCGUUCCAAAUAGUCAGAAAUCCACGAUUGCUGAAGGACGCGCAAAAUUACCUAAAGAAAUGCAAAGCAGAAGCGACAAAUAAAUGGUAUCAGGAGUACUCAUUAGACAAAGGACGUAAAUUCUACGACGUAUUCGGAAAGUUCGAAUACACGCCAUGGUUCAAGGGCCUUGAGCUUAAGGGAAGACAAGUGAGGCUCUUGAAUAGACUGAUCAGUGGGCACGAUUUCUCGAAUUACUGGUUGAACAAAAUGAAGAUCGUUGAGAGCGGCGAAUGUGAUAUGUGCGAUGAAAGUGAAACUGCAGAACAUUUGAUUCUACACUGCCCGAAAUACGGCAUGCUUAGAAGUAAAUAUGAUUUUGAUGGGCUGUAUGGAAGCACAACGGAAAUGUUCAAAACUGUGAUUGAAACGAAAAAUCUAAAAAUGUUGGAACAAAUAGUGGACUUCUGUAAAAAGGCAAAGAUGAAUCUGUGA